GGAGGCCCGGAGCCUUUCUGGGGCCUGGGGGAUCCUCUUGCACUGGUGGGUGGAGAGAAGUGCCUGCAGCCAACCAGGGUCAGGCUGUGCUCACAGUUUCCUCCGGCAGCAUGUAAAGGCUCCACAAAGGAGUGGGGAGUUCAAAUGAGGCUGCUGCAGACGGCCUGAGGAUGGACCCCGAGCCCUGAGCCGCCCUGCCCGAGCCCCGGAUCUGCAGAGCAUGGCACUGAGGCAGCCGCUGGCCCCCGCUGUGAAAGGAGGCAGGUUGUAAGUGGCCCCCCCGCAGGACCCCCCCCCCCCCCCCGCCCCGGCCAGCCCCUGCCCCAUCCCUGGCCCAAGCCCGGCCGCGGAGCAGAGCAGAGCAAGCAGAGGCCAGUGAGGCAGGGCUGCUCGGCGGCCAGUCCGGCCUGCGACUCGGGGACCCCUCCUGGAGGCCAUGGACAGGCUGCCCUUCUGACGGCUGGGGUAAAGCAUGUGAGGAGCUGCCCCGGGGAGCCAAGCAGGAGUGAAGAGGAUCACUCUGGCUGCUGGGUUGAAGAUAAACUGCAAGAAGCAAGGGCAGCGGCAGGUCCAGCAGCAGACCAGGUCGGUCCAGGUGAGAGGUGAAGGUUUUCACAGGCUCCGUUCGCCAAGAGGAACCACCAUUUUGCAAGGACCAUGAGGCCGCUGUGCAUGACAUACUGGUGGCUGGGACUGCUGGCUGCCGUGGGAGCAGCGGCAGGCCAGAAGGAAGGCUUGGAGGGCGCCGAGGAGGGCUCGCCCGGCGAGUUCAUUUACCUGAACAGGUACAAGCGGGCCGGCGAGUCUUCGGACAAGUGCACCUACACCUUCAUCGUGCCCCAGCAGCGGGUCACGGGCGCCAUCUGCGUCAACUCCAAGGAGCCCGAGGUGCUCCUGGAGAACCGGGUGCACAAGCAGGAGCUGGAGCUGCUCAACAGCGAGCUGCUCAAGCAGAAGCGGCAGAUUGAGACGCUGCAGCAGCUGGUGGAGGUGGACGGCGGCAUCGUGAGCGAGGUGAAGCUGCUGCGCAAGGAGAGCCGCAACAUGAACUCGCGGGUCACGCAGCUCUACAUGCAGCUCCUGCACGAGAUCAUCCGCAAGCGGGACAACGCGCUGGAGCUCUCCCAGCUGGAGAACAGGAUCCUCAACCAGACAGCCGACAUGCUGCAGCUGGCCAGCAAGUACAAGGACCUGGAGCACAAGUACCAGCACCUGGCCACGCUGGCCCACAACCAGUCCGAGAUCAUCGCGCAGCUCGAGGAGCACUGCCAGCGGGUGCCCGCGGCCAGGCCCAUGCCCCAGCCGCCCCCCGUCACCCCACCCCGGGUCUACCAGCCGUCCCCCUACAAUCGCAUCAUCAACCAGAUCUCUACCAACGAGAUCCAGAGCGACCAGAACCUGAAGGUGCUGCCUCCCCCCCUGCCCACCAUGCCUACCCUCACCAGCCUCCCGUCCUCCACAGACAAGCCGUCGGGCCCGUGGAGAGACUGUUUGCAGGCCUUGGAGGAUGGCCACGACACCAGCUCCAUCUACCUGGUGAAGCCAGAGAACACCAACCGCCUCAUGCAGGUGUGGUGUGACCAGAGGCACGACCCUGGGGGCUGGACCGUCAUCCAGAGGCGCCUGGACGGCUCCGUCAACUUCUUCAGGAACUGGGAGACAUACAAGCAAGGGUUUGGGAACAUUGAUGGCGAGUACUGGCUAGGCCUGGAGAACAUCUACUGGCUGACGAACCAAGGCAACUACAAACUGCUGGUGACCAUGGAGGACUGGUCUGGCCGCAAAGUCUUUGCAGAAUAUGCCAGCUUCCGCCUGGAGCCCGAGAGCGAGUAUUAUAAGCUGAGGCUGGGGCGCUACCAUGGCAAUGCUGGUGACUCCUUUACUUGGCAUAACGGCAAGCAGUUCACCACCCUGGACAGAGACCAUGACGUCUACACAGGAAACUGUGCCCACUACCAGAAGGGAGGCUGGUGGUAUAAUGCCUGUGCCCACUCCAACCUCAACGGGGUCUGGUACCGUGGGGGCCAUUACCGGAGCCGCUACCAGGAUGGAGUCUACUGGGCUGAGUUCCGAGGAGGGUCCUACUCGCUCAAGAAAGUGGUGAUGAUGAUCCGGCCCAACCCCAACACCUUCCACUAAGCCAGCUCCCUCCUGACCUCUCACGGCCAUUGCCAGGAGCCUGACCCGGCCAUGCUGGCCCCGGCACCAGGAACAACUCCCCGCCAGUUCACCUUGGGGCCGGGAGGAUGGGGCCGCCGGAUUCUGUUUACCCGAUCGCUGCGGCAGAUGAUGGAAUGGAAUCAAUACAGUAUUCUCUGUCCCUACUGCUUUUCUUCACAUCAGACAGACCCUCAUGUUUCCACACAGGACAGAACUACAGACAAGUCCUUCUUUAAAUACAUUAAAUCCCUACAAUGAAAACCCAACUGCAAAAUACCUUCGUAAUAUACGUACACAUGAGCUGAGCUUAUGCACAUGUGUGUAUACCACAUAUAUAUGCAUUUAGAUAUAUACCACGUGUACUAUAUCUAGACACGUAUAUAGGUUUGGCUAUAUACCUAAAUGCACAGACAUUCAAUUCUCAGAUGUUGAAGUUGUUACCAACAGCUUUGCUCUUCGGCGAAAAGCACUGCAUUCACAUGGUGUUACUCGAAUCUGAGAGCAGAUCACAGGCUAUGUAGCUCUAAUUCAAAGAAUAACCCUUGGUGUCCACGUGCCUGAAUUUUUCCAGGAGUGUCUACAUGCUAUUCACUCACAUAGGGGUUCCCUGCUUCCUCGCUAAAGAGCCCUUUGGGCACCUGAUCAAAUUUCAACAUCCCCUUCCCUCUCCAUUUCUAUACUUUCCCCCAUUCUCAGGACUUUUUCUCCAUCCAUCCACCCAUCCAUCCAUCCAUCCAUCCAUCCAUCCAACCAUCUAUCCAUCCACUUGUUCAUCCAACACCAUUCAGGAAGUACCUUCUGUACCAGUCGUUGGCCACUCACUGAGGUUCCAGGCACCUUCUCUGCUCUUCUCUACCCUUCAUACCCACUCCUUACCUUUUCUGUCAUAUCAUCCUUUCUUUCCAGGCAAGCCUCUGAGUAGGAGACAGUUUGGGCUCCAGGUUUCUGGUCAGGAAAGGGAAGGCCAGGCCCCAAAGCUAACUCCUCGCCACGUAGAUGAUGUACUCGCAGUUUUGUAUGUUCCGUUCACACUUUAGCCUACAUGUCAUUUUAACCGUCACAGAAAUAAUAACCUACCUUGCCCAGGAGAUACUCAAGUGAAGAGAAGUCAUCCCCCGAUCACUGGGGCCCCCCGAAUGGCUACAGACCAAAGGUCCCGUGCUCUCAGGCUGACUAGAGUCCGCAUCUCGUCCCCAAACUACACUUCUCUGGAGUACAGGUGCCACAAAAAUGACAACUGGCCGUUUCUCGUGAGCUCCUGAAUAACCAGGAGCCACCGGACCCCUUGGCUGGUGCACUGCAGCGUGGUGGCUUUCUGAGUCCUGUUGGCCGCGAAGCGUCAGAUUCAGUACUACCGGGACUCUUGCCAAGCAGGGAGCAAGAGAGGAGUCAGGAAGGUGAGACCGUCCCCGGUGGGCGUGUGAAUGGGGGUGUGUGAGAUGUUGGAACGUUUGGUACUGUCCAUGUCUGGGUGUGUGCCUAUUACCUCAGCAUUCCCACAAAGUGUACCAUGUAGCAUGUUUUGUGUAUAUAAAAGGGAGGGUUUUUUUUAAUAUAUUCCCAGAUUAUCCUUGUAAUGACACAAACCUGCAAUAAAAGCCAUCAGUGCUAUUUGGACGUA